GCCGCUCCGGAUUUGAUCCGCCUUCAGGUGCGCUCUCGCUGCUCCCACGGGCUCCUCCGCAUCUUCACGUUUUAAAUAAUUAGCGCAUAAGUGAGCGGCAGAUAAUAAGUAAUCAGAUAUUCGCGCUUAGGUCAUAUUGGUGACAUAAAAAAGUAAAAAAAACGACCCCUUUCUGGCUCCUCAUAAUGAAAUACCUUUCGCUUGUGUUUCUGGGCUACUGGCUUUCCCUACUGUCAUCAGUAGGCGUGGUGAACUCCUCAGCAAAGGGUGAAGGCGACAAACUAGAACCACCGACUGUGCUUAUUGCUGUCAUACUGAGGAACAAGGCGCACGUGUUGCCCUACUUCUUCGGUUACCUGGAGCAACAAAGCUACCCUAAAUCAAGGAUAAGUUUGUGGAUUUACACAGACCAUAAUGUGGACCAAACAGCUGAAAUUGUUGACACCUGGGCUGAGGCAGUGUUGAACAAGUAUCACAAUGUCAACUUCACUAGUGAAGAUGGUGAGGCAUUCUUUCCUGAUGAAGAAGGCUCACAGAAGUGGACGGCACAACGCUAUUGGCACGUGAUACGACUGCGUGAAGAAGCAAUCCAAGUUGCGCGGACAUUGUGGGCCGAUUUUAUCUUUUUCCUUGAUGGUGAUGCCAUGCUUUCAAACCCCAAGACGAUACAAGAUCUAGUUGAGGAAAACAGAACAAUCAUCGCUCCAAUGCUGGACUCCCGCAGUGCAUAUUCGAAUUUCUGGUGUGGGAUGAAUGAAAAGGGUUACUACGAGCGUACCGAUGAGUACAUGCCAAUACUCGAGAGAGAAAAAGUUGGCGUUUUUCCUGUGGUGAUGGUCCACUCUGCGACACUGAUCAACCUGAAUCAUGCCCACUCCCGCAAGCUAACUUAUGACCCACAAAAGCUAGAAGGCUACAUGGGACCAAAUGAUGAUGUUAUCACCUUUGCACACUCAGCCAAGUUUGCAGCUGUCGAGAUGUUUAUUAGCAACAAGGACCAAUAUGGCCACAUUCUGGCUCCCACGGAGUCUCCAGCAAAUGAAGCCGAGGAGCUCUUAAACCUCAAGCUGGACGUCACAGUGGAUGGUGAGCCCCUUCUGAUUUCGCCAGCUUUGCAGUCCUUUGUGGUGCCUCCAAAGAAGGACACUCUUGGCUUUGAUCAGGUCUACCUCAUAAACUUGGAGCGUCGGCCAGAACGGCGAAACCGCAUGGAGUACUGCUUCGAGGAGUUAGGCAUCGCCUUCAAGUUCAUUGCGGCUGUCGACGGAAAGUGUGACCCACUCGCCACUGGUGUUUGCCCGGUCUCCUUGGGGUGUCCUCGCUUCUUCCGGAGAAAGUCUGACUCGGGCAGCAGCUGUGCAUGUCAGACAGCGGGGCGCACAGUGCAUGAAACAACUGCUCUUGGAAACGACCACCACCGCCUUAGGAGGUUAUAUAGGUUGCGUCAAAACUUGCUCUACCAGAAUUCUAAAUUAGUUAGCGAAUCAAUAACAUGAUAGUAAGCCUUACAUACGUAUGGACACCACACAUAUUGUCUAGGACUACAGAAUCAAGGCUGGUGGACACAGCUACGCUGCGACGUGCUGCGCUACAGUACGUUUAUAUUUAAAUGAGCAUUUGCCUUGUGCAACGUAAGCGCACUUUUUUUCACUGUGGUUGCGUUGUUUUGUGUUCGCUGCUUGCGUCUUGUUAAGUUUCAGAGGGCGUGCGUGUCCUCU